ACAGAACACAUGCUGCGAGCUCCAUUACUCAUUAUAUUUACUGACUCCUGAAUGAAAGACAUACCGAUCUCUCUUACUCUGUCAUUUUGUUCCAUUUAGACAUCAUAACUUUCAGCAGGUGAGUGUAAAUAUGUCUUUAACCAGCAGGGAGGAACACUAAGAGGCCUGUAUUACUCCUUUUCUCAGGGGUAAAGAGGCAUGAAGACUUUUGAUUUAUAAUUUCGUACUGUUCGCUCUAAAAUGUGAAAUAUAUGGGGCAUGUGUUGACCAGAGCAUGACGAUACUGGAUCAUAUUAGGAUGAAGCAAUACAUCAAGAAUCAACGCUACAAAUCUGAGGCGAAUGUUGCUUUUAUCCUGCAAGAAAUAAAAUGAAUCAUCUGCAAAAGUUGAGUCAGAGUGACAGAUUUCACCUCUUUAGUUCAAGAUUUACACAACGAAGUCUUAAGAUAUACAUAUCACAUGUGUUCUUUGGGCAAAACCUGUUUCCAGUCUUUGUUUUAUGAUAGGCUCAUUACUCACUAGCUGUAACACAUCAUUCAUCAAAACAAAAGUCCAGCCACCGGCAAAAAGGUUUCUCAUACUCCACAAAUGUAUGCUUUUUUUCACAUAUGGAAGAAAAGAAUGGGAGCCUGUUUUCUCCUGUUAAAAAAUAAAUAAAUAAAAAUAAAUUAUGAGAUACUAAGUCAUUGAUAGUAUCUUAUAAUUAUGAGAUACCAAGUUAUAAUUAUGAAAUACUGAGUAAUAAUUAUAAAAUACUAAGUUAAAAUUAAUGAAGACCUAGUCAUAAUUACAAAACAAUGAGUCAUAACUAGGAGAUACUAUCUUAUAAUUAUGAGAUACUAAGUCAUAAAUAUAAAAUAGUAUCUCAUAAUGAAAUGCUAUCUAUGACUGAGUAUCUCAUGAUUUUGACUAAGUAUGUUAUAAUUAUGAGAUAGUUUCUCAUAGACUUAGUAUCUCGUAAUUAUGAGAUAGUAUCUCACAGUUAUGACUUUGUAUCUCAUAAUUAUGACUUAGUCUUCCAUAUAUUAUGAGAUAGUGUCUUAUAACUACGACUUAUUAUCUCAUAAUUAUGACCAAGUAUCUCAUAAUUUUGACUUAGUAUUUCAUUAUUAUGAGAUAGUAUGGCAUAAUGAUGACUUAGUUUCUCGUAAUUAUGAGAUAGUAUCUCACAGUUAUGACUUAGUAUCUCAUAAUUAUGACUUAGUAUCUCAUUAUUAUGAGAUACUAUCUCUGACUUAGUAUCUCAUAAUUUUGACUUAGUAUCUCGUUAUUAUGAGAUAGUUUCUCAUGAUAGUUUCUCAUUUCUUAUGACGUAGUCUGUCACAAUUUUGACCUAACAUUUUUUAAAAUCUUUUUUUUACUUUUUCAACUUUUUCUUCUUAACUGGCGGAAACGGUCUUCCACAGAAAAGGCUCUAAAAUAAGGGGGAAGAAAUUUUUUUUUUUGAUUAAUUGUUUUAGUAAUUGCUGUUAUAUAACACAAUUCUGAGCUGUAAAAAGACUUGGUAAAGAAAUUAAAGGAUGGUACAUCUCUAUGGUGGACUCUAUGGUCUAUGCUAUACUGACUGUAAGAUCUUAUUGUCUCUGCUUUCCUAUUAAAAAUCAUUUAAAUGUCACUGGGGCUAAAAGGUAAUGACUGUGUCGGGUAGAAAAUUAUAUAACUCAGUGCUGCAGGGUCGGAGGUUUGAUCCUUCCUGUGCCCCCUUUCAGCUAUUAUGUUUCUGACUUUUAUUUAAAUGUGUGUCAGAAACAUGUGUCAGCUUAAUAGGAGAGCAAAAUGGGGUCAUACAGAAAAAAAAAAAGAAAAGACGUGAGCUGUGGAGAUAUGUGGAGGAAGUUCCAUUUCCGACAGGCCUGACAGAGCAAACAUACCUCUGCAGGGUGACUGCUGGCUAAGCAGAAAAUCUCCAGAACGUGGAAAACCUUAAAAAAACAGCUCUAUAAUACGACUCUGUAUGUGUAACUCUGAAACAACUCCAACAGGGUUAUCCUUUAGAACUGAUAUCUCCCUGAACGCCAUUUAGAGCUAAUGUUUCCUGCUUCAAUAUUUCCGGGAAAUCCUCAAUUUGUUUUUAUUCUUGAGUUUUCAUUAAGUCACAUAUUCACGUUUCAGCAGCCAAAACAACCGAGUCUGAAAACCCCCUGUGUGUGUGUGUGUGGUGUGUGUGUGUUCGUGUGUGUGUGUGUGUGUGUUAUCUCAGUCAGGGCCAUCAGGCAGAUUUGACCUCGGCUUCCCUUUUCCUCGUCUCUUUGACAUCACGUUUGUUCUGAGUUUGUUCCCUCUGCGGUCUCUGGAUUUGGUUCUUCACUUUCACCCACUUCACUCUCGAAGAUUUCAUUCAGAAGAAAACAUGGCGGGACUUUUGGUUUUCACUCUUUUCCUCUUUUGGUCUUUUACAGAUUUGUUAUCGGCCUCUGAUUCUCACUUACUCAGAGGUAAGAUGAUUUUUAAAGUCAUGUCAGCAUUCAGCUUAAAAACACUAAUAUUUGUGUUUCUUUUAUUGAUUGUUUCUUUUGCUGAUUUGAAUAUUUUAAAUAUAUUAUUUAUCAAUUUGAUGUUAAUUAAAACUUGAUUUUAUCAUUCGCGCAAAGCUUGACCUCUCUACACCGUUAUGUUGUCCAUUUUUAAUUUAUGCUGAUUAUUUUCCUAAUUGAUUUGUUUUAAUCGACACAAAAGUAUUUUGCUAAUACAAGAAACUUUUGUUAAAAUUCAUCUUUUUAUCUUUUUCAUUUUCUUUUGAUCAGACAAAUUCAUGAUACAAAAGAAAAACACUAAAUCUUCCAAUUUAUUGAAAUUUAUUGAGCUUAAUGUGACGAUUAAAGAUAACGUUUAUGUUUUUCCUUUUUAAAAAGAAAAGAAAAUUCACUGAGAUAUGGUGAAUAAAUCUUGAGGGUGUGGCAGCAGCACAUCUGCAAAGGCUGAAUCAAAUGAAGCGCAGUCAUACAGACAAAUACAACAACAGAAAUGACUAUAAUACACUGAGAAAACUAUAAGAAGUAAACAGUUCAACAUCACUCAUGGGUGUAUUUUUAAAAUUUAGAUUGUUGUGAAAAUGUUGAUUUUUUUUGGUUCUUAAACACAAAAAGAUGAAUUUUUAUGUUCUUCAUGGUCAUGAAAUGUGAAAAAAGCUUGUUUUAGUUGAAAUUGAUGAUUUUGGCUCAAAGCUUAAGACAAUCAGAAAUGUAGUGUCUCAUUUAGAGUUUAAAAAUACUGAAGAGUUUGUUUAUCUAAUUCAGCACGUCACUAUGAAUCACUGCGUCAGUGUGGCGUAGAGGAAACCAGUCUGCACCGUGGCCUUUAGCUGGUCUGGUCAAACCUGAAGUUGAACUUUGACAUGUUAUUCCAGUUUACAGAGAUACUCCUGUCCUGAUGAGGUAUUUAUAUGCACACAAAGUAAAGUGAGUAGUGACUUGAUUUGAACCCAGCAUUAACCUAAAUUAACCACCGGAGGCGAAAGGAGAACUAGUUCCAGAUAAGCACAGUACUGUUUGUUUGUAGAUCAUGUUGUAUGCUGACAUGGUCAAGAUCUGAUCUGCACUCUUUGUCCCGGUCACUUGGAGACUCGGUCCACGAUAAUCCAAGUCUGAGUGUGAAGUUUAGUUUCCUUUAAAAAUGUGUUUAUUCUAAAUCUUCCCCCCAAGCCGUCCACCAGAGUCACAGAGCAGCCGGAGUCUUCCUGCUCAUCGAAGGCGGGGCUUACACCUUCAACUUCACGGCUGCCAGAGAUGCCUGCCUAUUUCUGAACGUCACCAUGGCAACCAGAGACCAGAUGGAGCGAGCGUUGCAGCGUGGACUGGAGACGUGCAAGUAGGCUCGAAAGCAUUUGGGGACACUUCUGGUAGUAAUGUAACACCUGUCAUGAGGCGUGAUGGCGAAUUGAAAACACAGGCUGAAGUCUUUGUGAACAAUCCGGUCGUUCUGUAUCUGCUCGGUCUGAACACGCCGUACCCUCACGACUAAACACAGAGAGGAGGACGACAGCAGUGACACAAAACAGGCCGACAAAAGGCUGUAGUGAUUCAGUAUUAUCAGACUCACAGCUGACAGUUUUAUACGGAGAUAAAACUGAUGCAGCAAAAUCAGAGCGGUUGGUUUUUCAUUCCUCGCAUGUUUCUCUUGAGAUUAGAUUAUUCUGACCUGAACUCUGCUUUAUGUCUUCAUUUCCCUCAGAGCUUACAGACAGUACUUCAGCAACAGUCCUCUGCUGGCCUUAGAAGAUCUUAAGCUUCAAACUUCACUGUUACAGAGGACAUUAUUGGUUUGUUGAAGUUGUCAGGACUCUGUCAAAUCAUAGUAAGGGGAAUUAUGUACGGUGGCCCCAAGGUGCAAAACACAACAGCAAAUCAGAAAACACCACAGCAAAUUAAAAAAAAACACGACAUUAACAAUUGUGUUUUCCCUUUUUGUGUUGUGUUUUCUGAUUUGCUGUUGUGUUUUGCACCUUAAGGCCACCGUAAUUAUUUGCCAUUAUUUUGUUAAUUUCCGUUCUUUAAAGGUCCCGUUAAAUGUCGUUCAGCUUUUUAGCCUUGUACCUUAAAGUAAAGGAUUUCUUUGGCCCAUAGAAGAGUCGUCUUUAGGUCUAGUUUAUAGGUCUAAAAAACAAAAUCUGAAGCUUUGUCUGUGUGGUUGCAAAUAUAUUUUGAUUUUUCAAUAAGGGCCUGGCUGGUGAACCCACAGGACUGAAUUUAACUCACCAAUAAAAACACCUAUGAUUCCUUGGGUUCACAGCAGAGCAGAUCCUUGUUUUGGUGAAGCAAACACUCAAUGUAAAGUUUCAAAGCUUUUGCAUCAGGAUAUGACACGUUUUCUCUCCCUAAUCCUUUUCUGUUUUCCUGUUUUACGGAGCAGAAUGGUAACAGGCCCCUUUCUUUCAACAGAGCUGUCAAAUAAAUGUCUUUUCAAAAUAAAACAACCAAAUAAAACCAGAAAAAUGAAUACUGACACACAAAAAAAUAUUACUUCUAUUGGAGGAGGUGGCGUUUAUGAUUCACACUGUAGCCAGCCAGCAGGGGGAGCUCUAAAUCUUUCAGCCUCACAGUCUAUGAACACCUAAUGUGUCUAUUUUAAUCAGUUUAAAUCUGCUGUUCUCGCCUCUUUCUAACUCAAAGUCAGUGCAGCUCCUUCCACACUAUCAAUUAUAAUGACUUAAUUUCUACUUUGAAAGGAAAAAAGAAUAUAUUUACCUUUUGUUGCAGGUUCGGCUGGAUAGCUGAGCAGGUGGCGGUCGUCCCAAGACUCACAGGGGAUGAAAAAUGUGGACAGGGUAAAACUGGAGUGGUUUCCUGGGCCGCAAGCACAGCCAGACAGUUUGGUGCCUUUUGCUUCAACUCGUCAGGUAGGGUGAAUUAAAAUAACUAUCAAUGAUAACUAAUAAAACUUAGAUAAGCUCACUUUUUGAGCAUAUAAAUUCAGAUUUUGCAAAACCUUAAAAGGACUUCAGUCUACAGUUUUUGAUAUCAACAGUAACAUGUAAGUGAUGAAACAAAAACAGGCUGAUCAUCUCUCUUUCCUAGUUUUAUGAUUGUGUAACAAACAUGCAAAGAUGAAGAUUUUCAGGGGAACACGGGGGACAAAUACCCCUCUACAGAGACGGGUCUGGAGGGCUGCUAGAUGCAUUUGCACACAGCAGCGUAUCUGUAAUAUUUGUAGUUUAAGUAAACAUUUGGAUGCUUGCAACCUUUGCAUUUUGUCAGACACUACUGUUCAAAAGACUCUGCACACAUCUCUUUCUUCUGUAUAUAAAAAAGGACUGAAACAGUGCUUUUAUUUUGAAGAGAAAGGGCAAAAUGCUGCUGAUUACUGAUAACCAGCAUUGUUUAUAAUUACUUAUGUUUUUUUGUCACUGCUUGCAGCCUUAUGGGAAACUCAAAAUGCAUCAACACCCAGCCCUCAAAGCUCCACACCCUCCAACAAACAGACUGCAGGGACCUGGACCCCUGCACCUCCUGCAGCUGAGUCUUCUCCAACCACACCAACCUCUGAGGGGACAUCUUUUACUCCAGCUCCACAUGCAAACACCAAACCUCCAACCAGGGUCCUCUCAGCCUCAACCACCCGUGAACCUCCUCCUCUCCCAUCAGAGCCCUCAGUCAUCAGUUUGGCCUUUACUACCACUGCUUAUGCCUCCUUUACUUCAGAGUCAGUGACACACCCACCUGUGAGCUCUGAAGACGCUCCUCUAGGAGGUAAUUUUUACGCACUACUUGUGUUUUAAAAACUUAGCCUUCUCUCUCACAUCUGCCAUUUAAGACUUCUGACAGUGUGUCAUCAGUCAGAGAUGAAACGUGUUAGACUUCUUUCAGGAUCAAUUUGACGUGAGUGAUCAGGUCGUCCCUGGUAAGAACUAAUCACAUGGUUAUGGCCAAUCAGAAUCAAGUGUUCAAAACAGGUCAGAAGUCAAACUAAUGCAGCAGCUUGAGUCAGUAAUCUCCACUCUAUCAUAGCGUUAAAGCUGCAGUGCUGACAUUUAGACCACCAGAGGGCAGAAAAACACUGAUAAAAGCAGAUCGUCCCAGUUAUUCAAGAACAAACCCUUUCAUUUAAAAAAUAAGUUUGGAUUAAUUUGAGAAAAUCUCCAAAACUUAACGACAAAAAAAGAGAGAGUAUAACACUAAAAAGAAGCAGAUACGCACCAUUUGAAGAGGGUGUUUUAUCAAAAUGUUAAAUUGAAUUCAUGAUGGAUGACGGAGAGGCUUUUAAAAUUCUGUUUAUAAUUUGUGUUUAUGAUAUUUUUAUGAAUCCACUUUAAAAUUAAGUGGAUAUAUGAGCCGAUUUUACAGGAUCCAGAUUGAGUUCAAAGUUGUCAUAUCUCUUGAUUUGUCUUUUUGUGUGUUUGUUUAAUGUUUUCCAGAUGUUUCCACGGCUCUCAUCGUUCUUGGCGUCAUUGCUCUGCUCGUGAGCGCAGCAGGCGUUGUUUGGUACAACAAACUGUGAGUCUGGUGUCAGUUCAGAAGUUAUCGUAGCAUCUGCUCUGUUCACUAAACACAUGGUCAAUGAUUGUAAAACAGGAAAAAUCAACCCACACAGUCUAAUAGAAGCAGAAAAGUCAUUUGUUCUGUUACAGAGAGUGACCACAAACAGCUUCACUGCCCUGAGAAAGUUUGACUUACAUUCAUAUUGAGACAAAAAGUCGACACCACUAAACUCAAACUUAUGAACGUUUCUGUUCAGUUCAGAUUGUAAGUAAACUUGUCUUGUGUUUUUUUAAAAAGGAAUAUUUUCACCUUUUGGACUCAAGUUCAGCGGAAAGAAGAUGUAGAGACAGAAAUGUGGAAACACACGGACAGUGAGAUGGACCUGCACAGUCAGCAUGAAGAAGGAGAAGAAGAAGAAACAGAGAGGAAGUACUCCAGUGAUAUAACUCUGUGUGUGAAUCCAGAUAUCAAAACAAACUCUUCAGAGUAGCUUCAUGAUGGUCCUUUGGGUUUAUUUGUUGUGAGAAAAGUCAACAGGAAAUAGAAACAUGUGUUAACUUGAUAUGCUUUCUUGUUGUCAUGUAAAUAGACAGUAACUUUUUGCAUCUUUUUCUUUUGUACGUAGAUUAAAAACAGCGAUUUUCCUUUCUUUUGAUUGUGAGUUUUGUAUGAUUUUGUUUUUCUAAUUUUAUUUUGAAACUAAAGUUUGUCAAAAUCCUCA